AUGUCGUUCGAUGUAGAUGCCGACCCACCCUCUGAUCCUAUUUCUCUACAUGCCUGGCUCACUCAGUUUUCCCAACACUUAUGCCUCCUCGCAAAUAAACUUGUGGCGUUUCCAAACCGUGAGCCGUGUCCGGAGUCGCUGGUGGCCGCACGAGCCUUUACGCACGCAGCGAGUCGAUGGCAGUAUCACAGGAAUCUCCCCAUCGAGACCGACAAGGGUGUUCUUGCAGCAUGGGCUGAGAUAUCUCGCCAUCUCGAGUCCGACGUCCAACUAGGGCGACGAUGGCUGUCCGUCUUGAAACAGGAUGCCGAUAGCGACGACGAGGACGAGGACGAGGACGCGGACGCGGACGAGCCCACGCAUAACCACGGGGGACUAGCUGCAUGGAUCGUCCCCGUCACAGGUUUCUACGAAGACAGCUGCUCCGUUAUACUGAAAUGGACCGAACGCACACUCGCACUUGAGAAAUGGUGGCGCGGUUUGCUCUCUUUACAUCCUGAACUCCCGCGAGACGCGAGACCUUCGGGUAGUGUGAUCGAGUUGUUCGACAGGGACUAUUGGAGGAAGCAGGAUGAGGAUCUAUUCGGAGAUCAACCUUUACCAUUUUCUUCCUGUUGGAAAGGGGCCGUGUUUGACCCUGAUCAGCAUAUCUCACGCACUACUCUUGAACCUCGGGAUCUAGACAACACUUUUACGCAGGGGGUCGAUACUAGGGUAGACAAGGAGGGUGUGCACGUUCUUGGCUCCAGUCUCGUCUCCGACAAGGAAAAAGGGGACUCUCCAUCCCGUACGCCCGUCCAACAGUCCACGUCCGAAGACAACGUGCACCAUCAAACAUGGGACAACGGAGAAGAUGUCGAACAGGAGGAAUCUUCGGGCGGAGAGAGGGGUGGAAAACGUCAAAAGGUUGUCCUGAGACAGGAGGCUGUCAAUAGUGAAGGGGAGGAUGAAAAGCCCGAUGAUGACGACGAAGAUGUUGUUGAACUUCUCAAACGGUCUCGUAAGCCACGGACGCGCUCCUCUACCGCCCGGCCUAAAACGCUACGACCGACGAAGUCCGCCUCGGCCACCACAUCUCGCCGUCGUGCUACUCAACUCCCUAGCACGAAAUCUUUGCCGCCGAACACGCUCUCGAAAAUUCCGCCAUCUUUGUCCACUGCUAAGGCGGCAUUUAUUUCUGUGCCGUCCAGAAGUAGAAGGCGUUCUUCGACUAAGGUGACGCCACAUCUUAAACCAUCUACAGGAAGCAAGCGCAAGCGUGCUCCGGUAGAGAGUGGAGAAGAGAAAAAGGAUGACGAGAGCAGUAGCGAGGAUAGCGUUGUGAGUGAUGGCGAUAUACAGGGCGUAGAGGAGGACGGUAAAGAGGAGGAGACAGUGCAAGAGGCGGCAAAGGCCACUAAGCGUCCUUAUUAUGUUGACGAUGACUUGGCUUUCAUGAAGAAAAAGUCGCACGGCCGAGAUUUGUGGCGUAGGGAGAUUACAAAUAGGGGGAUGCAGGUCGUUAAAUCUGAAAGGCGUUGCGGGUGGUGCGCUGGUGUCUCACCCGGUAGUCCUAAAUGCAAGGCAAGCUGUUGCCUCAUCACGGAUUACGGCGAUUGUAGUCACCCAGAGGACGACACGCGCUGUGCACAAUGUUUCUUAGCGAACCGGACCUGCGAUUGGGAGUGGACGAGGAACUCAGACGGUUCGAUCCUUCCCAAGGAGAAACUGAUGACGAAAGGCAAGGUCACACAGCGUCGGGGCCGAUCAGCAUCAAACAGCCACGCUGACGUUGUCCGAGCCCCGUCCACCAAUGGCGGAAAACAGGAUGCCGGCGUGGACUUUGGCAAUGGUGUUGCCCGGUAUGACGUCUUCGGCGUCUCGGUCCCCAUCGUCGAGGAUCUGGGGAAUGACCCUGCAGGUGGGAGCCGUGUUCAUCUUCGUCGACAUCUCCUCGAUCUCCUUCAAGAACAUACCUUAGCCAAGGUGGCCAUUGCGGAAGCAGCCGCUAGGAAGGAUAGGCUAGUUGCUAAUGCUCGUGCAUUUGUCGAUGCAUAUGUGGCAUCGACGGGCAGUUCAUCAAGCACAGUCUAA